AUGACGCGCCGCCUUCUCAAAGGAGAAAUUACCUAUUCUUUCGCCAAAGAUCAGGAGAGUAACAUACUUCACCACCUGGGCUACUAUGGCCAACAAGAUCGCUUCUUAUCAUAUCUUGAUGACAGGCGCGAGUGGAUGAAAGCUACUGUUGCUCACCACCUAGGGAUGAGCUCAAGCGAUAUGUGCCAUGUUUCAGAGGUGAAAUACUGGCUCCGUGGCAGUUUCAAUGUCUGCAUUCCCAUCUCUAUCCAGAACAGUAGGCAACAACCAGGAAAACGGGUCAUACUCCGAUUCCCGCUCCCCUACCGUAUCGGGGAUGAGUUCAGGCCCGGGAACGGGGAUGAAAAGAUACAAUGUGAAGCUGGCACCUACGCAUGGCUCCAGCAGAAUUGUCCGGAUGUUCCAAUUCCACGGUUAUAUGGCUUCGCGCUGUCUACAGGUGAAACCUUCACAGAAUUGGACCAACUGCCCUUUCUGAGCCGUUGCUUCCAAUCCCUACGCCGCCGGCUACUAUACUGGUUUCGCCUACCAGUGCCUUCGAACUAUAUCCUCCAUCAAAAUCAGAUAGAAGUACUUCCUGGUCGCGUUGCCAGUGCCGGAUACUUGUUGCUACAAUGCAUCGAAGAAACCCAAGGGACAAUGCUUGCGAAUACAUGGUCGGAGAAACAACAAGACAGCGAGUUACGGUGUAAUUUCUUCCGGGACUUGUCCAGGAUCUUUUUGAGCCUCAGCAGAACACCCUUGCCUCGCAUUGGUUCAUUCAUCAUCAACAGGGACGGAUUCCUAACUCUAAGCAAUCGUCCUCUCUCGAUGGAGCUCCAGGACCUCGAGAACGAGAACGUUCCAACCCACAUAUCCCGUGACUAUACAUACAACACGGUUGAGUCUUACGUGAUGGAUAUCUUAGGAGCCCAUGACAGUCGUCUACGGAAUCAACUUAAUUCCAUAAAUGACACACAUGAUUGCGUUUAUCAGAUGUCAGCACUGGCAGCAAUGCGAACUCUAAUUCCAGUGUUUUUUCGUCGAGAUUUGUGUCGUGGGCCUUUUGUUCUCACACUUACGGAUCUCCACCAAAGCAACAUUUUUGUUGACGACAAGUGGCAUAUCACUUGUCUGGUCGAUCUGGAAUGGGCUUGCUCCCUACCUAUCGAAAUGGUCGCACCCCCUUACUGGUUGACUAAUAAAGCUGUGGACAUGAUCGAAGCCGAUCAAUUUGAUGAAGCUCGCAAGGAAAUGAUGUCUAUCUUGAAGAGCGAGGAGACACAAUUGUUCAGCAGUAUCCUGUCAAAAGAGGUCGGGAGCACACCAUUACUACUAUCAGAGGUUAUGGAACAAGCAUGGAAAACUGGAACGUUCUGGUACUCCCUGGCACUUUCCAGCCCGACCGGCUUGUUCCAUCUGUUUUAUUCUCAUAUUCAACCCCUUUUGUCUAAGCAUCGCUCCGAUGAAAUUGGUGAAACCAUGCCCUUCUACUGGGUAAAAGACCUGCCAAGGUUCGUGAUAGGCAAACUUGCUGAUAAGAAGAGGUAUGACAUUGAGCUUCAGCAGGCUUUCGCCACAAGCAGCUCUGGCAGUGAACAAAGCACUUCUCUGGAUCAAUCUUGA